CUUACCCCUUACUCUCUCUCUCUCUCUCUCUCUCUCUCUUCUUCGAGCGCUCUCUUCACUGGCUUUUAGGGUUUCUAAUGACCGCAAAGUCGUCGAAGAAUCGAAGAGACGGACCGCCGAUGGACGGGGCUGUGGCGUCUCAUUCGAGCGGGGCAGCGGCUGUGAGGGCGGAGAUUGACACGUCGGCGCCGUUCGAGUCGGUGAAGGAGGCCGUGGACCGAUUCGGUGGGAGCGCCGUCUGGAAGUCGCAGCCCAAGCAGCUAGUUAAUCCCGAAGUGCAUGAAUGUUGUCGGAUGCUAGGAGGAAUCCUGUGGACAAUGUCAUAUGUUUCUUCUUCCACCUAUUCGGGGGUCGGCUUUGUAUAUACUUUUGCAUCAUUGAAAUUUAUCAAGAAGCACCAGUGCUCUGAGGAUGUCGAGGUCAUAAAAGUGGUGGAACAGGCAGCACAGCUGGAGAAAGAUCUUAUCCUGAAAGAAAGGGAAACACUUGAUGUAUUAAAAGAGCUUGAAUUAACCAAAAAGAUUGUGGAUGGUUUGAAAUUGAGAUUACAAAAAGAAACCUCAGAUGCCACUGCAAUGCCGGCUAUUGACUCAUAUGAUGUAUAUGUUCAUCCUAUUCCUGAAGAUGAAGAAUAUGAACACAGUGACCUCGAGAAGAAUGAGGAUAUGGAUGACCCAAGCAUAGGGGUGAACCAAUUUCCAGGACUGAUUUUAGUGGAACUGGAACAGGCUAAGGCAACUUUAAACAGGACAACAAGUGAUAUGGUUGGUUUUCGAACUUCCAUCAAAAUGCUGAACAUGAAAAUAGAGGAGGAAAAACUCUUACUUGAGAAUGUCCGGGAAAAGCUGACAGUCAGGACUGCUUUGAUUUCCUUCCUGGAGGAAGAUCUUAAUCAGACAACAGCAAAAUUGCGAAAGGUCAAAGAUCUAGAGAGUAAAAGAUGUGAAGAUCCCUGUAGUUUUUUGCAAGAACUCAAACAAUUGAACUCUGAGAUAGAACAGUCAAAGAAGACGAUGGAAGCUACAAAAAAUGAAGUUACUAAGCUGACCUCUGAGAUUGAGCAGACAAAGGCUAGCAUCAAGACGGCUGAAUUCCGAUGGUUUGCGGCUAAGAAAACGGAAGAAGCGGCCAAAGCAGCAGAGGCUGUGUCUCUCGCUGAUAUAAAAGCUUUAAUGAGCAGUAAUAAUUUAAUCACAGGUCUUCAGGACGCAUGUGGCAUAACCCUUUCAGUGGAGGAGUACAUCGCCUUAACAAGUAAAGCUCAAGAAGCAGAUCUAGCCUCUAGAAAGAAAAUUGAAGCUGCCAUGCUUCAAGUAGAUGAAGCAAACCGGUCUAAAUCAGAGUUACUAAUGAAGGUGGAAGAAGCAACUGCUGAGGCAAAAAAAUGCAAGAAAGCUCUUGAAAAUGCCCUGAACAGGGUAGUGGCGGCAAACAGAGGGAAGCUCACAGUUGAAGAUGCUCUGCGGAGGGCGAGAUCCGAACAUGGUCAGAAGAGGUACAGUGUUCAAAAUUCUACGAAGUUCAAGAACUAUGCAGCUCACCACGGCAAGGAUUCCCAUGUGCUUGACUCGAACGGCUCAACUUUAGUUUCCGUCAAGCCAAGUGGUGGUUUAUCAAGGGCACCAUUGUCAAUUGGGCAGAUACUGAGCAUGAAGUUGAUGGAUCCUGAUUCUCCCGAGGAGUAUGACCAGGGAGUAUGGGAGAAAGAAAACGAGAAGCCAAAGGUUUCACUGGGUCAAAUGCUGAACAAAAGGCAUGGAGUUUUGUCUCACCAGGGGGACACCAGUGUGUCUCCUCUCAAGCAGUUUUCUGCAAAGAGGAAGAAGCUAGGCUUUGUCAGCCUGCCGCUGAUCUUGGCAAAGCAAAGCAAGAAGAACAAGAAAAGAGGCAGUCUUUGAGUACAAGGUAAAUGUUAAACUAGUCUCUCAGCCCCCUCCAUGCCUUGGCAAAGCAAAGCAAGAAGAACAAGAAGAGGCAGUCUUUGAGUACAAGGCAACUGUGUCUUUUGCCUUUCUUUUGUAAUUUUAUGUUGUCAUGAAUCGGAUUUUAGCUUCGUAUGAAUACAUAUGUAAGGCUCUAAUUAUAAGGUAUUUCUGAUA